AGCCUCGGGUUACCGACUGCGGAGCCUACAGAUUGGGGACGGUAUUCCGUUGCUCUCUGUGCACGCACCGUGACAUGAGUAUUGAUAAGGUGAGAACAUACGUACAUAUUUUGGCCAUCUGAGCAACCGCCACACCCUUCUACUUUCCUGAUUAAACACGAUGAGUUUUGCAUAAUGAAGGAUCCCAAUAUAGUUGCAAAGCAAAAAGCCACAAUGGAAUCGCAGGAAUCUAGCGGUCACGCUGAACCACGAAAGAAUACUAGCAAGUCCGUCCGCGUUGCUUUCGGACCGGACCUGGAAACGCAUAUCCCUCCCCGCAAUAAGUCACCCGCGCCUACUCCAGGGCAUCACAGAUCUUUUACUACAGUCGAGCGGAGACAGCCCCCCGUACCCAUCCCUGACAGGCCGACGAGUUCUUCGGCAGGUGAUGGCCCGGCGGUCAUAGAGGAUAAUACCCCUCGGCUGAUACCCGAUCGGACGUCGGAUUCUGCGCGCCCAUCGACUCUGAAGAGGGCUAAAAGCGACUAUGGACCAAGACUGGGGUUUGACAAGUCCCCUCCUGGUGAGGAUGAAGAGGACUUUGCCAUGCGCCAUGGUUGGCAGGAAGAGUACACGUCGAGCGAGUAUCUCAAGAUUUUACAUUCGAACUUUUACAUGUACUUCACGGAAAAACGCCACGAGACGAACGGCAUGCCGAGAGAUCCGGAGGGGAGCUGGCCAAGCCAAGAUUGGCGUAUGAAGGACCGCCUGAAGACUGUUUCUGCAGCCUUGGCCAUAUGCCUGAACAUCGGCGUUGACCCUCCGGAUGUUGUCAAGACGAACCCUACGGCCAAGCUCGAAUGUUGGGUUGAUCCAACGUCUACUACUGGUGGUGGGCAGACUAAGAUAAUGGAGCAGAUUGGAAAAAAACUACAGGAACAGUAUGAGACACUUAGCUUAAGAACUAGGUACAAGCAAUAUCUGGACCCAUCUGUUGACGAGACGAAAAAGUUUUGCAUAUCACUGCGGCGUAACGCCAAAGAUGAGAGGGUUCUCUUUCAUUAUAACGGCCAUGGUGUCCCUUUACCUACACAGUCUGGUGAAAUAUGGGUCUUCAACAAGAACUACACUCAAUACAUACCGGUGUCCUUGUAUGACCUGCAGUCCUGGCUUGCAGGUCCUAGUCUUUUUGUUUUCGAUGUAUCACAUGCAGGGAACAUUGUGCAGAAUUUCCACACGUUUGUCGAGAAACAUGAGAAAGAGAACAUCGAGGCAAAAAAGCGUGAUCCCAAUGUGAUUACCCAAAAUUAUGGGGAUUGCAUAAUUCUUGCUGCAUGUCAAAAGAGCGAGUCGCUCCCAACUAAUCCGGACCUCCCUGCAGAUCUUUUCACUUGUUGCUUAACCACCCCCAUCGAGAUCGCUCUGAGAUACUUUAUCCUCCAGAAUCCUCUACAGAGUAACAUCUUGAUUGAUGAUUUCCGAGUACCGGGUCGCUUGCAGGACCGCAGAAGCCCUCUUGGAGAACUGAACUGGAUUUUCACUGCUAUCACUGAUACCAUCGCGUGGAAUACCUUACCACGAUCUUUGUUUAAGAAGCUUUUCCGUCAAGAUCUCAUGGUAGCCGCCCUGUUCAGGAAUUUCCUGCUCAGUGAACGGAUAAUGCGCACAUACAAAUGCCGCCCAAUAUCAUCGCCUGAACUACCAGAGACACAUCACCAUCCUCUAUGGAAAAGUUGGGACCUCGCAGUCGAAAUGGUUUUGGCCCAGCUUCCCGCGCUAAUCGAUCAUGAAGAGGGCCGUAGACAAUAUGAGUAUCAGCACUCCACCUUUUUUGCCGAGCAACUGACUGCCUUCGAGGUGUACUUAUCGUCUGGACCAACGGAGAAAAGCCCGCCGGAUCAACUUCCCAUUGUCCUCCAAGUCCUUCUGAGUCAGGCGCACAGAUUAAGGGCCUUGAUUUUACUCAGCAAAUUCCUGGACCUCGGUCCUUGGGCCGUCCAUUUGGCUUUGAGCAUAGGUAUUUUCCCCUAUGUUGUCAAACUGCUACAGUCAGCAGCCCAGGAAUUGAAGCCAGUUAUGGUUUUCAUCUGGGCAAGGAUCAUGGCUGUCGAUUACACAGUCCAGAAUGAUCUGCUGAAGGACAACGGAAUUCAUUACUUCAUUUCUAUUCUCAACCCAUCUUCACCUAUUCCUGUGGGCAACGCUAGCGAACAUCGGGCCAUGUGUGCAUUCAUCGUGUCGAUAUUCUGCAAGAACUACCCCCAGGGCCAGAAUGUGUGUCUUUCUGCAGAACUCUUUGACUCUUGUUUGAGACAUUUGAUGGACGUUGAAAAUCCCUUGUUGCGGCAAUGGUCAUGUCUGUGCAUUAGUAUGCUCUGGACUGAUUUCCCCGAGGCAAAGUGGAUGGGUAUUCGAUGCGCUGCGCCUGCAAGGCUUUGCGAGCUCAAUUUCGAUCCCGUUCCCGAGGUUCGAGCCGCAAUGUUACAUGCUGUGACCACAUUCUUAGGCAUCCCGGAUUUGACAGAUCAAGUGGCACAGAUUGAAGAAUCAUUGGCUCUGGCAGUGUUACCAAUGGCGUCAGACGGUAGUGUACUCGUCCGAAAAGAGCUUCUAGUGUUCUUCUCAACCUUCGUAAGACGCUAUCAGAACAAGUUCCUAGUCGCUGCAUAUGAAGAAUUGCAGGAUGAAAAACAGAGUCUUCUCCUCAAAGCUAAGCAAGAGACACCUAAAGGCCACUCCUUUGAGGAUACCCCGAAUGGGACCGCAAAUGGGGCCGCAAAUGGAACCGUAGGUUCGAGCUACAAGCCGCCGAAUUUGUCUCGCAAUUCUACCUUCGGAACCAUAUGGAAACAGCUCCUUGUCCUUUCUGUUGACCCGCAUCCUGACAUCGCACAGGAUGCAGGUACGAUCGUUGAUUACAUUCAUUUGUCCCUUGUGCAGUCCCCCAUGGCUUCGCUAACUGAAAAGAUUCGGCUUGAAAUAAUGGACCUCUCAAAUCGAGUGUUGCCGAAGUCACAGGUUCGAGAGAAACUCGAAUCGAAGAAAACUACACCACCACCCGCUCCUCCAUCUGUUGCUCCGCCAAAACAGGAAGGCUAUCUUUCCCUGAGCCUGAAGCGAACUGCUAGUGUCGCAGCAUCUCUGAAGAACCUUGCUUUCGGAGGUCUAUCCGCAGAACCGCAGUUGUCGCAACCCUCGGCAUCAGACAAGAGUCGCAUGCCUAUGACGCCACGAGGACGAGCUCCCCCAGAAUGGACACGGCCCCCUGAAGUGAACGAUCAAGUUGCCCCUGCAACAGCUUAUCACCAGUCUCCAACUCCGACGUCUCGCGGGUUUGAGCCGAAAGACCCGUCAACUCCCCUUGCCAUCCCCUUGAUGAGUAGGUUCCUAGACUGGUCCACAGAGGUAAUCCCAGAAUCUCUUGCUUUGAUCUCCAAGCAAUACAACAAAGAGUAUAGACAGUUUCUCACCCAUAUUCAGUAUUUCCGGGAGCCCCAGAUGAAACCCAAUGAGCCCGACGAGCCGGGUAGCGCGGAUUACAACGAGCGCCUUUGGAGACGGAGCCGCAACGAAAAAAUCAUCGCAGAGACCCAGCCGCUCAAGAGUAAAGCCGGCAGCAGCCGAUGGGAUAACUCAACAGCCUUACUUUCUAACAGUAGCCAGCCCCUCAAGAUGUGUUUUCAUCAGUUCGAGGAUCAUAUCGCUGUUGCAGAUGACCGAGAUACUAUUGCAAUCUGGGAUUGGCAGAGCCACAAGCGUCUCAAUCGAUUUUCUAAUGGAAACCCACCCGGUUCAAAGAUAAACGAAGUUCGCUAUAUUAACGAAGAUGAUCAAGCGCUUUUGCUGACAGGCUCUUCCGAUGGCGUUCUAAAGCUGUUCAGGAAUUAUGAGUCUGCAAAGGAGGUCGAGAUCGUAACAGCUUUUAGGGCCUUGCCGGAACUUAUUCCUAGUAAUCGAAAUGCAGGGCUUGUCCUUGACUGGCAACAGGGCCAGGGCAAGGCGCUGGUUGCAGGAGAUGUGAAAGUUAUACGAGUUUGGAAUGCCGCAACCGAAGUCUGCACCAACGACAUUCCCGCACGCUCAGGAUCGUGCAUCACUUCCUUGACGUCCGAUCAAGUUGCGGGUAAUAUCUUCGUGGCCGGAUUCGGUGAUGGAGCUGUCAGAGUAUUUGACCAACGCAUUAAACCCACGACUUCCAUGGUGAAAGUAUGGCGUGAACACAAACAGUGGAUUACUAAUGUGCACAUGCAACGGGGUGGCUUGAGAGAGCUGGUUUCUGGGAGUCGAAAUGGAGAGAUACGUCUUUGGGAUCUCCGCAUGGAUAAUCCAAUUUCGACGCUGUACGCCACUAGAGAUACCCUGCGAACGUUGAGCGUCCAUGAACACGCUCCAGUAUUUAUGGUGGGCACGAACCGCCAUGAAGUCAAGACAUUCAACGUUGACGGCACCUAUCUGUCGACGUUCGAACCGUACUCAAGUUUCCUCCACCACAACCGCUCUUCUCCGAUAGCAAGCACCGCCUUCCACCCUCAUCGCACCGUUCUCGCCUGUGCUGCUCUUAAUGAUAAUCACAUCAACCUGGUCUCCUGCUAGGUCUACCCUGAUAUAUUUCCCCACUAAUCAUGUUUCACUUUCUGUUGAUCCAUAUCUUAUCCUUUUAAUCUGUUCUAUCUCGACAGACAUGCUGCACAGCAGAGACGGCGCUUUCGGUCAUGAUGGUUUUCACUACAGAUGUUUCUCUUGUUUCUGACAUGGUUAUCUGAUGACCUUUUGUUUUAUAUGGCGUUAGACCGGAGUUUGACAGCAACUUAGCAAUCUGGCGCUGUGGUUAAUGUUUAUAUUUGUUCCUUCGUCUCUAAUUUAUAUUGUUUUUCA